UAUUAUAUAAACAGCUGCACAAUAAAAUUAAACCCUCUGCCAACAACUAUCACUCAGACUUUAUCAUUGUUAUUAUCACUCACACAAAUCACCUCUCUUUUUAUCAUCUCUCUUGUGAAAAUGGCCAGAAAGUUCUUCGUCGGCGGCAACUGGAAAUGCAACGGUACCUUGGAUGAGGUUAAGAAGAUCGUGGCUAUGCUUAAUGAAGGCGCAGUGCCAUCCCCUGAUGUUGUUGAGGUUGUGGUGAGCCCGCCAUUUGUGUUUCUUCCAACAGUACAAAGUUCGUUGAAAUCUGAUUUUCAGGUUGCAGCCCAGAAUUGUUGGGUCAAGAAAGGAGGUGCUUUCACUGGUGAAGUGAGUGCUGAGAUGCUUGCUAAUCUGGGCGUUCCAUGGGUCAUUCUUGGUCACUCUGAAAGGAGAGCUCUUCUAGGUGAAUCUAAUGAGUUUGUUGGAGAUAAGGUUGCAUAUGCUCUUUCUCAAGGUUUGAAAGUUAUUGCAUGUGUUGGGGAGACUCUAGAGCAGAGGGAAUCUGGAAGUACAAUGGAGGUUGUUGCUGCUCAAACUAAGGCGAUUGCAGAUAAAAUAUCAAGCUGGGAUAAUGUUGUUUUGGCUUAUGAACCAGUAUGGGCUAUUGGAACUGGCAAGGUUGCAAGUCCUGCUCAGGCUCAAGAAGUACAUUUGGAAUUGAGGAAAUGGCUUCAAGGGAAUGUCAGUCCUCAAGUGGCUGAGAAGACCAGAAUUAUCUAUGGAGGCUCUGUAAAUGGUGGUAAUUGCAAGGAAUUGGGUGGACAAGCUGAUGUGGACGGAUUUCUAGUUGGUGGAGCUUCCCUCAAGCCCGAAUUCAUUGAUAUCAUCAAGGCUGCUGAGGUCAAGAAAAGUGCUUAAGCAUGUUCUCCAACACCAGUUAAAUUUUGAAGUUUAUGCUAGUCGAGCUUCUUACAUAAAACCCCUUCUAAGGAUUUGUCUUGUCCAAUUAUAUUCUGGGCAAUACUUUAAAUCUGUUUCAUGUUUGAAUAAAUCUUUCUGUUAAUUAUAGCCAACCUAAUGUUGCUAUGGAUGGGAAAUUUUCUGUAAUAUGAGAAAAUGAUGUUACUGAUAACACUUAUCUUCGAUGAUCAAGAGUUGUGACUUAGUUUUCCUGGAUC